GGCAAGACCCAGCCACAGACUAUCCCUUUCCUUCUUCCCCAAACUUCCCAACACCCUCUUCUUUCAUCUUCCUCUUAAUUUUGAUUCUUCUCAAGCAAAGAAUCAAAAAUCCUCCAUGUUUCUUCAAUAUAAACCCUUACCCACUAGUCAAACCCCAUCAACACUACACCUUCAACAACUGUACAUUCUUCUCGUGCUUGAAAUCGUUUCGACAAUUUUAGUUUUUAAUCCAAAAAAAUGGCCUCAGAACAAGCUCCGGUUGAGAUGCCAGCCACCUUUUCGAAAUACACGAAAAGGGUGAUGUUGAAAACUAUAUUAGGACGCACUGAUGGUGGGGUUGGGUUAGUUGGUCAGAGGGUAGUAAUUGGGGGGUGGGUUAAAUCCUCUAGGGAGAUCAGAAAACAACCUGUAACGCCACCCCCAGCGGCUCCUGCUCCUCCGGUUGUGAGUCCAAAAGAUGUUACCUGUUCUGAGGUUUUUCAAUCUCGGAUUCCACUAUUUAGGUCUAUUAUGAAGGUUUUUGGGGCAGGCGAAUAUCGUAUUCGUGAAAAAUUGGAUGUUGUUGUUCAAAAGGCGCCUCAGCCCUCUGUCUCAAUAUUGCAAGUUAGUGAUGGUUCUUGUGUGGCCAGUCUUCAGGUUCUUGUGGACUCAGCACUGGCGAAUCCGUGCCAAGUUAUGCCCACUGGAACAUGUGUAUUAAUUGAAGGUGUAUUGCAGCAGCCAUCAGUGCAGGGGAAACAUUAUGUUGAGCUGCAAGCAGAGAAAAUCUUACAUCUUGGUUUGGUAGAUGAAUCUAAGUAUCCAUUAUCUAAGAAACGAUUGCCUCUGGAAUCUUUAAGAGAUUGUUCCCACUUUCGGCCACGGACAACAACGGUGGCAUCUGUCAUGCGAAUUCAUAAUUCCCUUACUUGGGCAACUCAUGCCUUCUUCCAAGAUCAAGGGUUCCUUCACGUUCAAGUACCCAUAAUUACAAGCACUGAUUCUGAAGGUUUUAGCGAGAAAUUUCUUGUUACAACUCUUCUUAGUAAGGGGAUAAAGGAUGACCAAAUUAGUCCCACCGAACAUGCUGGAGUCAGUGUUGAAGCCAUCCGGGCUUCUAUGAAAGAAAAAACUAAGAAAGUUGAAGAACUUAGCAGAACUAACAGCAAUAAGGAAGCCUUAGUUGCUGCACAGCAGGACCUGAAGAAAACAAAUGAGCUAGUAUCACAGCUGGAAGCUAGGCAAAAAGCAAAAUCUGGAGUCACAAUUGAAACCAGAAAAUUUGACUUCUCUAAAGAUUUCUUUACACGCCAGACUUAUCUAACAGUUUCCGGUCGUCUUCAUCUUGAGAGUCAAGCCUGUGCUCUUGGAAAUGUCUACUCAUUUGGCCCCAGAUUUAAAGCAGAGAAAUUAGAGUCCAAAAAGUCAUUAGCUGAGACAUGGAUGAUAGAUGUUGAAAUGGCCUUCUCAGAGUUAGAGGAUGCCAUGGAUUGCGCAAACGACUUUUUGAAGUUUGUAUGCAAAAGGAUUCUAGAGGGUUGCAUGGAAGAUCUACAAUUUGUCUUGAAAAGAAUAGACAAAUCUGUUAUGGAACGCCUCCAAUUUACCAUAUCAAGUUCAUUUGUGAGGAUUUCUUAUGCCGAAGCCAUAGAAAUUCUGAGACAGGUUGCUGGGAAGAAAUUUCAAAGUAAGAUAGAAUUGGGAGUUUCUUUGACCGAAGAACAUGAAAGCUAUUUGGUUGAUGAGAUAUAUAAAAAAACAGUCAUUGUAUACAACCAUCCAAAAGAACUUAAGCCAUUUUAUGUCCGUUUGAAUGAUGAUGGCAAAACAGUUGCAACAUUUGAUGUGAUCCUACCAAAGGUGGGAGCUCUGAUUAGGGGAAGCCAAAGUGAAGAACGGUUCAAUGUGUUGAGCUCAAGAAUGAAGGAACUGGGCUUGCAAAAACAGCAGUAUGAAUGGUAUCUAGAUCUUCGCAGGCAUGGCUCUGCCAAAACCUCUGGUUUCAGCCUAAUGCUUGAACCUUUGGUGCUUUAUGCCACUGGCCUGAAUGAUGUCAAAGAUGUUGUACCUUUCGCUAGAAGUUUCGGCAGAGCCAAUAACUAAGUCCUUAAGGAAAAGGAUAUGCCACCAAAUUGAUGAAUGUAUAUUCAAAAGCUUGUAACUUGAAUACAACAAUUUGUAAUAUAUCUCAAGAACAUACUAGUACAGCUUUUCUCUGAGCAGACAAAACAUAUGUUGAACUGUCUGCACUGAGCUUGCUCAUACACUUGUAAUUAUUGGAAAUGCGAAUGUUACAAUGAAAACACAAACAAGUAAAAACA